AUGGCGCCUACAACCAACAACGGUCCUGACUCUAUCCGCAUACUUGUUGCCACUGACAACCAUGUUGGUUACAACGAGCGUGAUCCGGUUCGGCGGGAUGAUAGCUGGAGGACUUUCGAUGAAGUGAUGCAGAUCGCCAGAGAGAAGGAUGUCGACAUGGUUCUUCUCGGGGGUGAUCUCUUUCACGAUAACAAACCCUCCAGGAAAGCCAUGUACCAGGUAAUUCGCAGUCUUCGGCAAAAUUGUUUGGGGAUGAAGCCGUGUGAGCUCGAGUUCCUGUGCGAUGCCGCAGAGGUUUUCGAGGGUGCGUUUGGCCAUGUCAACUACGAGGAUCCAGACAUCAAUAUAUCAAUUCCUGUCUUCUCUAUCCAUGGAAACCACGACGAUCCCAGCGGGGAUGGUCAUUUCUGCUCACUCGACCUCCUCCAGGCUGCGGGGCUGGUCAACUACUUUGGCCGUGUGCCCGAGGCGGACAACAUUGAGGUCAAGCCGGUUUUGUUGCAGAAAGGCCGCACGAAGCUGGCGCUUUUUGGCAUCAGCAACGUACGAGACGAGCGCAUGCACCGGACCUUUCGCGACAAUCACGUCAAGUUCUUUCGGCCAAAUCAGGCCAAGGAGGAUUGGUUCAAUCUUCUCACAGUCCACCAGAAUCAUCAUGCUCACACAGCCACAAGCUAUCUUCCUGAGAACUUCUUGCCCGAGUGGAUGGACCUUGUCGUCUGGGGACACGAACAUGAGUGUCUGAUCGACCCGGUCGAGAACCCAGAGACUCGGUUUCACGUCAUGCAGCCGGGAUCAUCAGUAGCAACUUCGCUGGUCCCGGGGGAAGCCAAGACAAAGCAAGUUGCCGUUCUCACGGUCACUGGCAAGCAGUUUGAGGUCGAGAAGGUACCGCUCAAGACUGUCCGACCAUUUGUCACCAAGGAGAUUGUGCUAUCCCAAGAGCCCAAGCUUAAGAAGCUUGCCAAGGACAAGGAUAAUAGAGCAAAAGUUACAGAACAACUCAUAUCAAUCGUCCAUGAUAUGAUCAAAGAAGCUAAGGAGCAGUGGUUAAAAUUGCAAGCGCUAGACGGCAACUCGACCCCAGGCCCAGCGGAAAUGCCUCUACCACUCAUCCGACUCAAGGUCGAGCAUAGCGCACCAGACGGCGGCGAAUUCAAGCUUGAAAAUCCCCAAAGAUUCUCCAAUCGCUUCGCUGGCAAAGUGGCAAAUACAAACGAUGUAAUUUACUUUUAUCGUAAGAAAUCGGGUGUCGGAGCAAGCUCCAAAGACAAAAAGCCACUGGCGAUCCCUAAUGUUAUGGCAGAGGAUGGCAAUAUAGACAUCUUGAAGGUAGAGGAACUGGUGUCCGACUACCUUGCUGCGCAGUCGGUCAAAAUCUUACCACAGAAGCAGAUGGGUGAUGCUGUCAACCAGUUCGUCAGCAAGGAUGACAAGCGAGCGAUGGAGGACGUUGUCAUUGACUCCUUGACUACCCAGGUCAAGGGUAUGAUGGCACUUGAGACAGAUGAAAACGAUGUCGAAAAGGAGAUGGCUGCACUUUUCAAGAAGCAGGCGUCAAAGUUUGAAGCGGGACACAAAUCAAAGAAAAGGCGCAUCAAUGUACCGCAACCAGAUGACUAUGACUCGGACAUUGAAGGCCCAUGGGCUACCAAUCCCCGUUCAGUCAUCGAGCUUGACCAAGAUGAGGAUGACGAACGAGAUACAGGGCCUGCAUCCAGGUCCAGUCGUGGGCGUGGCAAGGGAGCUUCGGCUCAACGAGAGAGUGAUGGGGACACGUUCAUGGACGAUUUCGAAGACGAGCCUGAGCCGCCACCGAGAAGGACAGCUCCAACACGAGCAGCCCCCAAGACAGCUGCGCCAGCCAAGAAAGCGUCGGCAAGGGGCGGCCGGAAAAGGGGGCCUUUUGAGGACAGCGAUGACGACGAAGAUGCAAUGGCGGUUGAUGAAGAAGAAGAUUUCGAGGAGGCUCCUCCACCCAAACCCAAGGCAAAGCCGGCUGCCCCUAAACGGGCAGCAGCAACACGUAGCACGGCAGCGCGUGGAAAGCAAACAACUCUCAACUUUUCACAGUCUCAGCGUACAAGCCAAAAAGGGAAAGGAUCAACGCAGAAGCCGUUGGAGAUCAGUGACGACGAGAUUUCAGAUGAUGACGGAUUCGAGCCAAUGCCGGCGAGUAGGACUAGGAAACGUUGA